CGGGAGGGAGACGACGCCUCGACUGCCCGGCCGCGCGGGGCUCCUCCUCGGCGUGGUGCUGCUGGCGGCGCUGCUGGCCGCGAGCCGGGCGCUCCCCGUGAGGAAGCCGCGGCCCCGGAGCCCCGCGAGGCGGCGGAGGGAUGAGGAAACGGACAGUGGGUCUAAUAACUAACCCACGGUUCUGCAGCUGGAUUGAAACCCAGCUUGGCUUAACUCCGGGACCCCUGGACACCUCGCCCUGGCACCCACCACCUCCUGGAUCAAACAGAAAGAUGGAUGUGAGAAGCAGAACAUCCUGCUCUAGUGUUUUGGUUGUUCGGCACACUCCGCACCCGAGCGGCGGUCCGCGAACCAGAAGAUCAAGUGGAAUGAGCUAGUAAGAAGCAGAGCUGGGAUUUGAACCCAAGCUGAUCUGACCAUCCAGACCUGUGUUUUUUCACACCGUUUCAGGUAUCAGCCUUCCCAGAUCCUGGCUCUCCUAGGGAAGAAGAGGGGAACCCACUGCUCCCCAGAAGUCAGCAGGAUCUGGCAGCGUUCGUAGGGCCUUCAGGCAGGGCCAUGCCGUCACAGGCGCCGGGCUCUCAGUGAGCCGGCAGCCCUGAGCCCAGACAAGGCGGCCCCUCCCAGGACCCUGGAGGACGCUUCCUUGCUGCUUGAGCUGCAGAAGCUGCCAGGAUUGGCCAACACAGACUUGAGUGCCCCAAACCCCAAUAUCCAGACACUCCUGGCACUUGGGGAAGAACAGAGACUUAUCGGGAAGUAGGAUGAGACAAGAUGUGUCCCAAGCCACCACCUGGAGAUGCUCAGAGAGCCAGAUGUUUCCAUAACCAUCAUACCUAGAGAUGAAUCGGACAAAGGGUGAUGAGGAGGAAUAUUGGAACAGCUCCAAGUUCAAGGCUUUCACCUUUGAUGAUGAAGAUGAUGAGCUCUCACAGAAUCCCAAGUCUUUUAUCAUGUGAUGUAAUUUGUUAUUUUUGAAUGAUGAACUGGAUUGGAUGUUGUCUUUUUGCAUCUGUUUUACAAAUGGGGAAAUGGAUUUAUUUUUGGAGAGAUGGAUAAACUCACCCAGGUUUACACAGCAAGUCAUUGCCAGUUAAAGGAAUCCAAGAGAGCAGUGAAUAGUCUUCGCGACUUCGUGGAUGAUGAGGAUGACGAUGACCUGGAAAGAGUCAGCUGGAGUGGGGAACCUGUGGGAAGUAUCUCAUGGUCCAUCAAAGAGACUGCUGGUAAUAGUGGGUCGAGCCAGGAGGGGCGUGAACAGCUAAAGAGCCGGAACAGCUUCUCCACCUACGCACAACUACCCAAACCUGCUUCUACCUACUCCCUGAGCAGCUUUUUUAGAGGGAGAACUAGACCUGGAAGUUUCCAGUCCCUUUCUGAUGCUCUGUCGGACGUACCUGCCAAAAGCUAUGCUCCAGAGCUGGGCAGACCCAAGGGGGAAUACAGGGAUUACAGCAAUGACUGGAGCCCCAGUGACACAGUGUGGCGCCUCCGGAAGGGCAAGGUCUGCUCUCUAGAACGAUUCCGCUCCUUACAGGACAAGCUACGACUCCUGGAAGAAGCAGUCAGCGUGCACGACGGAAACGUCAUUACUGCAGUUCUGAUCUUCCUGAAAAGGACACUGAGCAAAGAGAUCCUCUUCCGAGAGCUGGAGGUGCGACAGGUUGCCCUGAGACAUCUCAUUCACUUCCUUAAAGAAAUAGGGGAUCAAAAGCUGCUUUUGGACCUCUUCAGGUUCCUAGAUAGAACAGAAGAGCUUGCGCUGUCUCAUUAUCGUGAGCACUUGAACAUUCAGGACCCUGAGAAACGAAAAGAAUUUCUUAAGACCUGCAUUGGUUUGCCAUUUUCAGCAGAAGAUUCUGCACAUAUUCAAGACCAUUACACCCUCCUGGAACGCCAGAUCAUUAUUGAGGCAAAUGAUCGACAUCUAGAAUCAGCAGGACAGACUGAGAUCUUUCGGAAGCACCCCCGCAAAGCUUCUAUCCUCAACAUGCCAUUAGUGACCACGCUUUUCUACUCGUGCUUCUACCAUUACACGGAGGCUGAGGGGACGUUCAGCAGUCCAGUCAACCUGAAGAAGACAUUUAAGAUCCCAGACAAACAGUAUGUGCUGACGGCCCUGGCUGCCCGUGCCAAGCUUCGAGCCUGGCAUGAUGUCGAUGCCCUCUUUACCACAAAGAACUGGCUGGGCUACACUAAGAAGAGAGCACCCAUUGGCUUCCAUCGGGUUGUGGAAAUUUUGCACAAGAAUAGUGCCCCUGUCCAGAUACUACAAGAGUAUGUUAAUUUGGUGGAAGAUGUGGACACAAAGUUGAACUUAGCCACCAAGUUCAAGUGCCAUGAUGUCGUCAUUGAUACUUGCCGGGACCUGAAGGAUCGUCAACAGUUGCUAGCAUACAGGAGUAAGGUGGAUAAAGGAUCUGCAGAGGAGGAGAAGAUUGAUGCCAUUCUGAAUAGCUCGCAAAUUCGAUGGAAGAAUUAAGUGGCAUUGGCUACCCUGAAACCUGCCUCAUUUCUUCUUUUCCUGCCUGUGAAAGUAGAGUGUGCUCUUCAACACAUCGCUUGGACCCAUCAUCAACAGGCAGUGCCUGCUACUCUGAGGACAGAAACCAGCGUCUGGGCACAGACAGCUUCAGACUGAUCUUCUGUCCAAGGAUCAUCGUCCAAGGGCCAAGAUCUAAAGCUUUGACUCAUGAGGAAGAUUCUCUCCACCUGGUGCUCACAUGAAGGUGGGAGUAAUUUCUAGAUUGGGCCCAUAUUGGGCAAGAUCUCUCUUGGUCUGGGAAAAAUGACUGCUCUAGAAAAGAAGUCAUCUAGACUAAGAGGUCAGGUGUCAUAGAGUGGCCACUCCAUUCCUCUCAGCUAAUUAUGACCCUGGACUUGGUGCUGGACAUUGGCAGUUCUGCUCUGAAUGAAGUCAGAAAAGAACCAAAAUGGCUUUCUCCCAAGGGACCUCAGGAAGGGGUGCCAGUAAUAGCCACGAACUAUUGGAGGUGCCUUCACACCAGACUGCACAGAGUUCUCCACAUAAUGACAGAGAUUGCCCAGAUGUCGUGUUUCUUCAACCAGUGCCCUCUGCUGCCCCAGUCUAGCCUCUGUCCGAGACUUGUGGUUCUUCUCUCACCUGCACACCAAGAUGGCCUUGUGUGGGAGAUAAGGACAUCCCCGUUAUCUUUUCCUCUACUUCUCCCACCCUAAACCCAUAACCUUUUAUGGAGCUCAGAUUCAGCACUGCUGUAGUGCUCUUCCCUUAUGCACAUAUCUCAUUAUUUCACUAGGAGCUUCCAGAAGGUUCACCAGGGCUAAACUCAGCAGCAUUUCAGACGGUUAGGAUAUUAAGAUGGAGGUUUGAGUUUCACACGUGGUUUUCAACAGGAUAUUCUGUAGUACUAGCCUCCUGCCCUGUACCAAUAUUAGCCUCUCUUCUUUGUGACUGAACUGGGUUUCCCCGACAUGCCUAGACUCUAUUAAUAAAGCUUUUUCCUCCUUGGUGCCUUCUCUUUC